GAUGAGCACAGAAAACCCGAAUGGUUACAACAUCGCGGGCAGGGUCGCAGUCAACGCCAAUGACGCAGAAAAUGACAAUGUUGCAACAGAUUUAUACAGUUAGACUGUCAAAAUUUCCAAUAGUUCGGCAUCAUUUGAGUGUCCAAAUGUUUGGAAAAGGAUCAUUUAAUCAGAUUAAAUUAAGUUUAUAGUCUAGAAACGUAAGCCCUGAUGUAGGAUCUGUCCUCUUAGUGAUUCAUACAUUCUGAGGACAUAAUCCCAAUGUUGUAAUAAUGAAGAGGAAUUAUUCUUGAGAAGGCGUGAACAUUUAAAAUUAUUUGUGUUGAUACAUUUUUGCCUCAUUUUUAAGAAAAAAUAAAAGUUCUCAGAGGUAAAUGUAAGCGUUUAGAAACUUUAAAAAGUUUAACAAUGAUUUUUUUAGGGUGUGGGAGGGUACUCAUGUAACGGGUGUGUCCAGUGCAUGUGUGUGUAAGCAAAUGGGUGGAGGUAUAAAAAAGAAAACUCUUUAAACCACAGUGACAGCUCCUGUAACUUCCUGUCAAACGGGAGAGCCGCGCAGCAUCAACAGGACACUAAGCCCUUUACUGAGACUCCUGCUUCAAUGGAAAACUUUUCUUACUUUUUGAACGACAGUCUUGACUACAACUACACUCUGCCAGACUUCGAUGGCGACUUCACUCCUGAGAUUCAGCCUGUCCAGAUGGUGGCUCUGCUCCUCUAUGGUCUUGUGGUUCUUCUGGGAGUUCCCGGUAACGCUGUGGUGGUGUGGAUAACGGGGUUCUGCAUGACCCGCUCCGUCACCUCCAUGUGGUUCCUCAACCUUGCGCUGGCCGACCUCCUGUGCUGCUUGUCCAUCCCUCUGCUGAUGGUGCCGCUGGCCCACGACGACCACUGGCACUUCGGGCCGCUGGCCUGCACGCUGGUCAAAGGGCUGUUCUUCCUGGUGAUGUACUGCAGUGUGAUACAGCUGGCUUUGAUCAGCGUGGACCGCCUGUUGCUGGUCAGGCGGCCCAUUUGGUGUCAGAACAACCGGCGGCCCAAACAGGCGGUGUACGGCUGCGUGGCCGUAUGGGGCCUGGCUCUCCUCGUCAGCAUCCCGCAGUUCGUUUACGCCCUCGAGCGCGAGGCAGGCGACCUGAAAAGAGAGUGUGUGAUGGGUUACACGCCCAGGAGCGUCUGGUACGUCCAAACCUUUAAGCUCCUGGUGGGAUUCGUGCUCCCCUUCCUGGUCAUUUUCAUCUGCCACGUCCUGGUGUACAACAGCACGGAGAGGGGUCUGUCUCGCGGCCGGACCCGCUCCAAACGGACCCUUAAAGUCAUCGUUGGAGUCAUCUUAACCUUCUUCUUCUGCUGGCUCCCGCUGCACAUCCUAGACUUCAUAGAGAUUUCCACGCCUCGGUUUUCUCCCCACAGCCCGAAAGUUUACCUGGCUCAGGGGUUAGCCGUCUGCCUGGCGUACGCCAACAGCUGCCUCAACCCUCUGCUCUACGUGUGUCUGGGUCGAGGCUUCAAGGAGAGCAUGAGUCGCUCCAUGCGGGGCUUACUCCACUUCAUCAGCGAGGAACCCAACACUAGAGUAACCAUCACCAACACCGACACCAAGAGCACGUCCAAUGGGAAGGACACCACCAAAGUGUAGGCCGGACUCUGAGCCCAUCCGGGGCGACUGUUGGGUGUCAGGGACUCUGAGGGUUUGGACUUCCUGAAUGUUGCAGAAAAAAACUGUUGUUCAACCUGCAGUUUGGCAAGUUUCCGUGUUUCCUGAAUGACACUUCUCUUUUUAUCCCUAGUCACAUGUUGACACAUUUUGUAAGAGGUUUGAGGGUUUUAUGUGAAAUAUACUUUUUAGAUGUAUUCUGUGAACAAAAAAACAUUUGUCUUAACAUUAAAGGAUAUUAGUGCGCUUUAAUUUAUUAUUUUUUUCAAAAUCACAUAAUUUUUGUAUUGACCACAAGAGGGAGACAGACAGUGUCAGAUAGAGUUCCUCUGAACAUCUUUGUUGCUUACCUAUGAAUAUUUGUAUAAGUUCGUUUAUUUAUGUUAAAACUGAAUUUGUGUGCUUCAUUAGGGUUUUUUUAAUGUAAUUUUUUAUUGUGCUUUAUUUAGGAGCAUGAUUGAAUGUAUGAUUAAAUAGAAAACAUUUUUAAUAAUAGCUAAAAAUGAAACAAAAAGUAAAAAGAUGACAUUUUAUCACUUGUAGUAUAAUUUUUUUUCACUUUUUUCUAUUUUUUUCUAUUCUGAGUAUCAACAAAGUGUUUUAUCAGACUGUUACAUGUUUGCAAAUCAGCAGAUAGAAUGGAUCCAGCAUUCAAACCAUAAAAGGUUUAUUCAAGUAUUUAUGGAAAUACAGAUUCUGGAGGAUUAUUGGAGCUUAGAGUGUGAGCAUCGUCCAAGAAGAAGCACUGAACAUCUGUUUGAUAUGUAUCCAUGUUCAUUUAUUGCUGAAUAAAAUAAACACAGAAGUGUUGAAGUAC